AUGGAUUGGACGGAUGAACGUGCACAUAAACAUCCCGGACGGGCCGAUCGCCUUGAGGUGGGAGCCGAGCAUGACGCCGAUCACCGUGAGGAAUUGAGGCUCUGCCGUGUUCUCGUACGACUUGCAAUUCAUCGCAUUGCAUCCACCACAUUGGGUUUCUGGGGUGAACAUUCAUCAGCAUUAGUCGUAUACCGUCGAGAUGCCGACGGUAGACUCGGUUCCAAUCACACGUGGGUCGGAAUCACGAGAGUGCCUUCUCGUGAAAGACCGUGCCUCUUUUGGAUCAAUGAUCUCUCCCAACAACCCGAAAUGGCAACAUGGAGAACCAACGAUUCAUCGAUGCACUGGAGGAGCUUUGAUGCCGUCUUCCUCAACGAAUCUAUGGGCAAAACCCCCAAGGCAGUUGGUCCUCAUUCUCGUGUACUUGGAUUAGUCGUCAAGGCCGCUGCCGCUGGAAAUUUCCCCGUGCCACGCCAUCUAUCUGCAGCUCAGAGAACCUUACUUAGCAGGAUGGAGGCUGAGAUUUGA